CGUGCUCCUCUUCCUCACAGGACCCAGGAGACGGCGGAGAGACGACGGCGGUUAGGCUUUCUACCCCGGCGACAGGGAUUCUGCUCGUCCAGCAACAUGUGCACUGGAGGUAGCGCAGCUCCGUCUCAAGAAGACAGCCUUGCAGAGGGCGUCGGAACAAGCCUGACUGACCUGCACAGUAGGACUGAAAGUGACGCAGGCUACAGCGCCUUCACCCAUGGCCAACUUGGACAGAAACAACAAAAUCUUACUCGAUUUAGUGCGACUGCCUUCCAACAACACGUGUGCCGACUGCGGAGCUCCUGAGCCUGGCUGGGCCUCCUACACUCUGUGUGUGUUUCUGUGUGUCCACUGCUCAGGGAUGCAUCGGAAUUUGCCUACCAUCAGCAAAGUGAAGUCAAUACGCUUGGACCUAUGGGAAGACUCCCUUGUAGAGGCCAUGCGAGUAAAAGGAAACUCAUUCGCCAAAGCCACAUAUGAAAAACAUGUUCCUGCUUAUUUCUACCGGCCUCAGCAGACAGACUGUGUCGUUCUUAAGGACCAGUGGAUCCGCGCCAAGUACGAGAGAAGAGAGUUCACAGAAGAACAUUUCAUUCAUCCAUCUUAUGGCGCAGAUACCACACAGGUAGUACUGUGGAAGAAGCGCAAAGACAACAGGAACUUUAUCAAAAGGAUCUUCCUGCUGUCCCGUAGUGACUUUACCCUUAAAUACUUCGCCAAAGAAGAUUCUAGAGAUCCCAAAGCUGUGAUCAGCAUGAAGGAGCUGAAUGCGGUUUUCCAGCCCGAGAAGAUCGGUCACGCUCACGGACUGCAGAUCUCCUACUUGCACGAGGAACGGAGCAGGAACAUGUUUGUUUACCAUGACAAUGGACAGGUCAUCGUUUCCUUUUUUAACGCAAUUUGUGCAACCCGCUUGGAGUACCUCCAGAAGAAGCAUCCCGCUCUCGGACUAAAUGAGUUAACGCCGCAGAUAACCAGGCGUUGCCUCAAAGAGGGGUUUAUGGAGAAAACUGGCCCAACGCAGCGUGAGUCAUUCAAGAAGAGGUGGUUCACGCUGUGCACGAUGAACAGAAAACUGCUUUAUUACAAGUCCCCACUGGACGCCACAGAGCUGGGCGCCGUCUUCAUCGGCACUGAGAGCCACAACUACUCUGUGACGGGGGACAGCAGACGCAGCUCCAGAGGAGGCCGCUGGCACUGCGCCAUCACUCUGCAGACUCCAGAGAGGCAGUUUGUGUUCAUGUGUGAACAGGAACAGGAGCAGCAGGAGUGGAUAGAGGCCUUUAGAAAGGUCAUAGGUCAGCCCAUGACCCCUGAAGACUACGCUAAUGAAGCCAACUUGAGAAGAGGAAAAUGACGACUAGCAUCUGAAGUGUUUAACACGUAAACAAAGGAAAUGGGACACACGGCCAUGACACCUAUAGGAAGUCAAGACUGAAAAAAUGUAUGCACUGUAAGUGGUCACCAACUUCCACUCUUUUGAAAAUACUUUUUGCAGGACUUCCAUUCUUCCAGAAGAACAUUAGUGAGGUCAAAGUUCAUCAUGUUAGCUAAGGUGUGCUUUUAACAGAAAGCUCACCCAAAAUGUCUUUAGGUGAACAAAUGAUUAAUACAACAAUAAUGCAACGACACAAUUACUCGAUGAUACUGAAUAUAGGGCAAAAAAAAAUUAAAAUCAUUUUAAAACAAGCAUUUUAAAAUAAGUGAAUUACAUUAAAUAAAUUACAUAUUUCUUAGCUGAUUUUUUGAUGACUUUAUUUCAUUCAUGACUGUUAUUUUUUUAAUUAGCAGCACAGUGUUGUUUGCUAGCUUGCAAACAACCUUUCCUUCAGAGCAAUGGUGUAUGUCAGGGACAAGAAGAAAAGCUCAGACUCGCUUGGAAACUCCACAGAUAAGUAAUAAAUAAUCUGGAAAAAAAAUGCCAUUUUAUAUUCGGGUCAAUAUGAUAAUUGAUGUGAUAUUUAAUUGAAUUGAUUGGUGAUAUUUAUUGGUGUGUUUUUAUUAUUAAAUGACUCCAAACAUACUGAUACAUAAUUUGCAUUGUAAUUGUUGGAAAUGUGAUUUUAGUGCAUUUUGUAAUUGUCAGAAUAAA